AUGGCCACUCAUGCCCAGCCGCCUCCACACCUGCACCUGGCAGAGAUCACCGCCUCGCAAUUCAUUGACAUCUGGAAACAUUACGACUCUGAUGGGAAUGGUUAUAUCGAAGGAAAGGAGCUGGAAAGUUUCUUCAGAGAGUUGGAGUUGGCCAGACGAGGGGCAGGAGUGGAUCCAUCACAUGCUACAUUCAGAGAGAAAAUGAACGAGUUCAUGUCCAGCUUUGACAAGAACGCAGAUGGAAAAAUUGAGAUGUCCGAGUUGGCUCAGCUUCUGCCGACAGAGGAAAACUUCCUGCUGUGUUUCAGGGAGUUUGUCGGAUCCAGCUCUCAGUUCAUGGCUGCCUGGAGGAGGUAUGACACUGACCGGAGUGGUUACAUUGAGUCUAAUGAGCUGGAGGGGUUUCUGUCAGAUUUGCUGAAAAAGGCCAACAGAAACUUUGAUGGCAAGAAGCUCACCGAGUACACACAUACUAUCCUGAAGAUGUUUGAUCUCAAUGGUGAUGGAAAACUAGGGCUCUCUGAAAUGGCAAGACUUUUGCCAGUGAAUGAAAACUUCUUACUAAAAUUUGAGGGCAUCAGGAUCUCAGUGAAAGAAUUUGAUGCACUCUUCACAUUUUACGACAAGGAUGGGAAUGGGUAUAUCGAUGAGCAGGAGCUUGACGCCUUGCUCAAAGACCUCUGUGACAAGAACAAAAUGGCUGUGGCGUCAAAGGAGCUGGCAGAUUACAAGAAAAGCAUCAUGGCUUUGUCAGACGAGGGCAAACUGUACCGGACUGAGUUGGAGAUCGUCAUCUGCCGGGAUUCCACACUGUGA